AUGCCUCGCCGCGCCUGCCUAGCCUGCAACCGCUACCUCCCGCGCUCCUCCUACACAGGCCACCAAUGGUCCAAGGGCGUCGGCCUGUCCCGUUGCUUCCACUGCGUCCAGGGCUUCCCAGACCUCCCCGUCGAGGAGUCGGACGCGGGCAGAUACAACUCCUCCAGCGACGCCAGGCUCUCGUACUACGCGCUCAGGAACCCCAUUGCCGAAGGAUCCUUUCGACUGGUGGCCAAGGGGAGCUACACGUCCGGUCCUCGCCGGAAACAGGCCUGCGUGGCCAAGUGGUUCAAGGCGGGAGCCGUCUUCUCGGACGACUACUUCAAGUACGACAUAGUGGCCGUUGACAAGGCGCUCGAAAUUGUAAACCGGUUCAAUCAGCUGGGCGUCAUCGACAAGGACGUCAAGAUCAAUGUACCCUGCGUGUGGACGUUCAACGACGACUGCGAGGAGGAGUGGGUAGGCCAGAAGGCGCUCGUCGAGCCCUACAUCCAAAACUACCAAAAGUUCAACAGCAACACCGGCUGGAACAACGAGUCCACAGCCUGGGGCAAGGCGAUGCAGGCCCUCAGCCACUUCAGCUACCACGCAACCGGUGGCUUCUACGUCCUCUGCGACCUCCAAGGUGGUGUCUACCAACACGAAAUCGUCCUCUCCGAUCCAGUCAUCCUGUCCCGACGCCGAGAGUUUGGUGUCACGGACCUAGGGCCCGACGGGAUUGACUCCUUCUUCAGCAACCACGAGUGCAGCGAUUUUUGUCAUGAUUAUUGGACUCGGCCUGCAGAUCCUGUGCAGGUCUUCCGGCCGGCGCCACGGACAUUGAUGAUGAACCGCCAUGUGCCUACAGAACCUUCACGGCCUUUGGACACGUUGUUCUGGGGCGAUGAAUGA